AUGUCUGCGUCCUCAUUCCAAUCCACACUGGUUGCUAACACAGUCCGUGACAGAGGAUCCUCAAAGAAGGGCCUCAAUGGCGACUCUCCCGUUUUUACUCCCGGCUCUGCAAACUCUCCGCUCCGAAAGUCUUCGGUUCUACCUCUCCAAGCGGCCAAUGCGGCUCCGUUCACACCCCUAGGCACGAGCGUUGUGUCGGCUAGUAACGCGUCGUCCUCGGCCUCGCCCCGCGAACAGCUUCGGGAUCUUGUUGGCAGCAAAGAGGCUGGCCAGGCCAUCCCGCGAGCCGACGCGUCGGCCUUUAACCUGGCAUCCGUCCGCGAAUUUGUUCCACGCACGUCAGAUCAGUCGUCCGGAUUCAACGCUGGCUCGGCGAGAGAAUUUCAGCCAAGGGGGGACCGCUCGCCCUUCAACGUCGCCAAGGCCGUCGAGUUCCGCCCGCAGUCGCAGACCGUCCCCCCUUCCACCACACCUACCUCUACGUCCUCUAUCCCGAGCCAGGCGCUGCCUUCACCUCAGCCACCUCAGCCCUCUCUUAUUUCUCAACAAUCUCAACAAGCUUCUCUAGCGGCUCAACAGCAGCAACAGCAGCACCAGGUGCCUGCCCAGGGGUCACACUACAACCUGUCCAACGGCCCAUCUCAACAGUCUCACGUCUCGAUUCCCACCGGACCCUCGCGAGCCCCCACCCACGACAACUCUGACCAUAUCAACCGGGCAGGAUUGGGUGGUAUGGGCAACUUAGGCGGCAUGGGCAAUAUGGGUGCCAUGAACAUGGGCGCCAUGGGUGGUAUGGCCGGCCUAAGUGGUAUUGGCUCCUUAGGUUUCGGAAUGCCACCAGGAAGCGACGUUCAGCUCGGACAGGGUGGUAACGUUUUCGACUCCUACAACGUUGCUUCCCAGGGUGCCUCCGGGGGUGCAAUCACGACUUCUCCAUACAAUCCCUAUGCGGCUACCAGCCAGCAGCCGGGCAGAGAGGGCGCCGCGUAUUACCAGGGACAAGCUCCCUUUGCUGCCCAACACCAGCCCCCCGGUGAACACCUCUACUUCCCCCAGGGCCCCCACCGCCAAGACCUUCUUCCGCGUCAACGCACGAUUCAUGAGUUCUUCUUGCCUGAAAAGCUUCGCCAAGACUUCCACAUGAAGUCCAGGGUUGGCAACCAAGCAGCGGUUACUUUGUCCGUCAAUGUCGAGAGCUACCACUCGCUCACAGCACUUGACACCAAUAGCCAUAAGGUCGCUGGCUCGUUCGGCCGCAUCACUUGGCUCUACAAGGCUGUGGCAAGCAAAAACGGCAAGCAUUAUUGUUUGCGGCGCGUGGAAAACUUCCGUGUGAGCAAUGAAAACGCUCUGAGGACAGCACGCGAGUGGCGUCGCGUCAGCAGUGGGAAUGUCGUCACUGUGCACGAGGCGUUCACGACGCGUGCCUUUGGAGACAGUUCAGUCGUGUUUGCUAUGGACUACUUCCCCCUAUCUGUGACGCUCAUGCAGUACCACUUCCCAACGUACGGUCAAACACGCCCCCGCGGCAAUGUCACGAUUCAGGAAACGGUCCUGUGGGGGUAUUUCGUGCAGAUUGCCAACGCACUAAGCGCCAUCCACAGCGCCGGUCUGGCCGCCCGCAGUAUCGACCUCACCAAGAUCAUCCGGACGGGUAAGAACCGCAUCCGCUUGAGUGGCUGCGCCGUGCAGGACGUCAUCAACUAUGACCCGUCCCGCCGCGUGAUCGAUCUGCAGCAGGAGGACUUCAUCCACUUUGGCGAGGUGAUGGUGUCUCUCGCCACCUACACGCCACCAAAUGAGCUGAAGAAGCCGCUUUCGCAUCUGGAUCCGCUGCCCGAGAUUUAUUCGCAUGAUUUCAAGGCCGCCGUCAAGUGGCUGCUGACGCCUGCUGCCAGCACGACUGCGGGUCCAAAGACGAUCGACUCACUUCUCACCGGCAUCGCACCGCAGGUGACUCGCUUCUUCGACAUGUCUCUGCAGGAAAACGACGGCCUAUACAGCCUCACGUCCAGAGAAGUGGAGAAUGGCCGCAUUGCACGUUUGAUGAUGAAGCUAGGCACAAUCAACGAACGCGAAAACUACCAGCGGGAUGCGUCCUGGGCCGAGCACGGACCCCGCUACCCUCUCAAGCUCUUCCGCGACUACGUCUUCCACCAGGUGGACGAGUCCGGCCGGCCCGUUGUCGAUGCUUGGCACAUGAUCUCGUGCCUCAACAAGCUGGACGCCGGCUCGAACGAGGUGGUACGACUCUCGAGCCGUGACGGAAGAACCAAUUUGUUCGUCACGUACAAGGAGCUGAACAAGAUGGUCCAGCGGUCAUUUAAUGAUCUUAUUCGUCCAACUGGUCCGCUUCGGCGCCACAACUAG